UAGGUCAAAGUUGAACUGUUGGACAACAUAGGAAGUGUGGUUGUGUAAAUCUAUCAGCGCACAUGACCUAAUGUUUUUAAAUCCAUAUUUUUCCAUUUUUCUACUUCGAAGUUUGCGAGAUGAUGCUUUCCACGUUUAUGACAGCAGCGCGGUGUUGCUGCAGAAGAGUGGGGCAUGGAUAUAAACCAAGCAAUAGUGUACAGUUACGACUUUUCAGAAGAAACCAGGGAACAAUUGCAGCAGAGGCUGGAGCUACAUCUGGAUCAGCCACAGCCACUGUCCCCAAUGCUGCCACAAACAGGAUAGUAGGGCGCUGGCUUGUGGGCUGCAGUGGACUGGUAAUUGGAGCUGUAGUUUUGGGUGGAGUUACAAGACUUACAGAGUCUGGUCUUUCCAUGGUGGACUGGCAUCUUGUGAGGGAAAUGAAACCACCACAGACACAAGAAGAAUGGGAAGCAGAAUUUUCCAAGUACCAGCAGUUUCCUGAAUUUAAAAUAUUAAAUCACAACAUGACUUUGCCUGAGUUUAAGUUUAUAUUUUACAUGGAGUGGGGUCAUCGUAUGUGGGGCAGACUUGUAGGAAUUUCUUACAUCCUCCCUGCUAUAUACUUCUGGAGAAAAGGAUAUUUUACUCGUUCAAUGAAGGGGAAAGUGCUUGGUCUUUGUGGAUUUGUUGUCUUUCAGGGUCUCCUGGGUUGGUAUAUGGUGAAGAGUGGUCUAGAGGAGAAACCAGAGUCUCAUGACAUCCCCAGAGUGAGCCAGUACCGCCUGUGUGCUCACCUGGGCUCUGCUCUGCUCCUCUACUGCGCCAGUCUGUGGACUGGGCUAACUCUGCUACAGUUCCCACAAAAGAUGGUAGAGACUAAGAAUUUAAUGCUACUUAGGAAGUUUGCCAAGGGAACUGGUGCACUGGUCUUUAUUACUGCCCUUUCAGGGGCUUUUGUGGCCGGGUUGGAUGCUGGAUUGGUCUAUAACUCUUUCCCUAAGAUGGGUGAGCGAUGGAUCCCUGAUGAUUUGCUUGCUUUCUCUCCAUAUCUGAAGAACGUCUUUGAAAAUCCCACAACUGUUCAAUUUGAUCACAGGAUUUUGGGGAUCUCCACUCUGGCAGCAAUUACAAGCCUGUAUCUUUUUUCAAGAAAGGUGAUACUUCCUAAAAGGGCUAAAAUUGCCAUUAGCCUUCUUACAGCAAUGGCUUAUGGACAGGUCGCCCUGGGCAUCAGCACCCUGUUGUUGUAUGUGCCUACUCCACUUGCAGCGACUCACCAGUCUGGAUCUCUGGCUCUUCUGUCUCUGGCUAUCUGGGUGUUGGCAGAACUCCGCAAAGUCCCCAAGUAAAUACCAUUUGUUAAGAAAAUCCAACAAGCCACUUUCUUAACACUUUUUGUUCCAUUUGCUCUUUAUACAGAUACAUUUCAUAUUUAAAUGCUAUGCACAAAGAUCUAUAACAACCAUUCUGAGUUGCAUCAAAAUUUGUUCUCUUGAAAAUGGCAAAAUUAAUACAUUGACAGUGGUUACCUUAAGUUUAUAACCAUAACUUUUUCUAUUUAUUUAUGUACAUUUAACUUAUGGUAUGGUAAAUAAUGUGAAAACCCAUACACGAAUCUGGCAUUUAAAUGUUUUUUACUAUACACUGAGGCAUCAGAUUGUGUGUUGUAUAAUAAAAAUAAAAAGUCAAUCCCUUGUUGCAUA